AAAUAAAUAUAAUUAAAAAUUAACAAGAGAAUAUUUUAAAAAUAUUACGACGUACCUUUAUCGAUUGCCAAAUUUACAUAAAACCCGAACCUGAACCAGAACAAGGAACUAAAUACCUAUGUGGUUGUAGGUCAUUGCGAAGCGAGCCAAAACUGGUUUCGAUCGAAGAAUAAUCGCCCACAUUUCGUCCAUUAGGACAUUACAAGUGUUACCACUUGAACUUGAAAUUAUAUCUAGGACCCCUCCUUUUUGUAACACAUUGAAAAAAAAAGUUGUUUGCUAUUUGCUACAUGAUACAGAUUUAGUAUAAAUACCGGCCCGAAUUUAUCUAUGAUCAUAGUUCAAUUUGUAACAGAACAAUCAACUCCUCAACUUUCAAAAUGUUCAAAGCUAUUGUAUUCGCCGCCUUCUUGGCUUUGGCCGUUGCUGCCCCUGAACCAAAACCAAAACCAGGUCUUGUAGCUGCUGCUUACUCUGCUCCAGUUGUUGGUGCUCCAUUGGCUUAUUCUUCUCCAGUUGUAUCCGCUUAUUCCGCCCCGGUUGUUUCUGCUGGAUACACUGGAUACACUGCACCAGUUGUGUCUGGAUACUCAGCUUACCACGGAGUUGCUCCAGCUGUAGCUUACCACGGAGGUGUCCCAGCAGUUGCUCCAUACCACGCUUCAGUUGUUUAUUAAAUGGAAAUGAUGAUUUGGAGAAAAGAAAUGGUUUGAACAAUUCUGAUGAAGAUAAAUAAAUUUAAAUGAAUUUUUAUUAUUA